GGUAGACGCGUUGGUAGAUUAUUGGUUGUUUGAUAACUAAGUACUGUAAUAUACCUCCUAUAUAAACACCAUUGUUAUAUUCGAUGGCAUCGUCUGCGGAGAAGGCAUGCAAGCCAAACAACAACCAGCAAUAGAAUGGACGACGAAAUUGCUGUCGUCGGGAUCGGAUGUCGCUUCCCCGGUGCCGACAACAUCGACGAAUUUUGGCGGGUUCUUGUAGAAGAAGAAAAUCACGUGGUAGAUAUCCCAACAGAACGCUGGAACAAUGACGCAUUCUACAGCGAUGACAAAGAUGAGCCGGACAAACUUUAUGUAAAGAAAGCUGCCUUUAUAAAUAGUUUUGAUAAAUGGGACAACAAGUUAUUUGGUAUAAGUGAUAAUGAGGCGGCACAAAUCGAUCCACAGCAACGCCAUGUUUUAGAAUGUACACAUAUGGCAAUGGAAGAUGGCGGUAUAACAAGAAAACAGCUCAGCGGAUCCUCUACAGGGGUUUACAUAGGCGCAAUGGGUGCUGACUACAAAACACUUUUUGAUUUUGAUCACAGUGAAGAUACAAAUUACACUGUAACGGGCGCAAGUGGUACAAUCUUAGCAUCUCGUGUUUCAUACGUAUACAACUUGCAAGGUCCUUGUAUGGUCAUAGAUACAGCAUGUUCUUCUUCAGGUGUUGCUAUGCAUCUUGGUAGCCAAGCUAUUCGAACAGGGGAUUGUGAUAUGGCAAUUUGUGGUGGGGUUAAUCUUAUGCUUUCACCUGGGGUCUUUCAAAGUCUUAGUCGAGCUAAGAUGUUGUCUCCGACAUGCCAGUGUCAUGCUUUCUGUGACACUGCUGACGGUUAUGUGCGUGGAGAGGGUUGCGGAAUUGUUAUUCUAAAGUCGUAUACAAAGGCUGUCGAAGAUGAUAAUAAAAUUUGGGGAAUUAUAAAGACUGGAACAAAUCAAGAUGGUAGAAUGGCGUUGCCAAUAACAGCACCGUCUGGUGAGCAACAAGAAAAACUAUUAAACAAACUAUACAGUCAGCACAUGAUCGACCCUUCAGCUCUGCAGUACAUAGAGUGUCAUGGAACGGGAACGCCUACUGGAGACCCGACGGAAGUGAAUGCAAUAGGAAAAUUCAUUGAUUCAUAUAGGAAAAAGCAGAUAUUUUCCAAUGAAAAACUAUUUUACCGAAAUGCAACUUCAGCAAAUAAAAGCAUUGAAAGCAACAACUUCACAGGCAGUGAAGAUGUAAGAGGAGAGGUAAUAAGAAACAACUCAAGUAACAUAGACAAAAAUGAUAGUCAAGGCAUCGACAGAAUUUUAAUUGGUUCUGUCAAAACAAAUAUUGGUCAUUUAGAAUCUGCUGCUGGUGUUGCCGGUCUAAUCAAAGUUCUCCUUAUGAUGAAGUAUUGUAAGUUCGUUCCAAGUUUGCAUGUAAAAAGGGACAAAUCAAACCUGAACCGAAACAUCAACUUUAAUGAGUAUGGACUUGAUGUUGCACUAGAAGUAAAAGACUGGCGUUUUAACUCGGACGGAGAAAGAAUCGCAUGUGUCAAUUCAUUCGGAUUCGGUGGUUCAAAUUCACAUGUCAUUGUUAUUCAGAAGCGCACGUAUAAGUUACCUGAGAAAUUGUUACCAAAGAGAGCUUUUGGUAACAAAUAUGCCGUCAUUUGCAUUUCAGCUGGCAGCAAACAGACACUGAAACUUGCAUUGAAAGGUCUAGAAGAUGAUCUAUCAAAAUACAGUUUGGAAGAUGUUUCAUAUACAUCCAUUUUUCGUCGUGAUCAUUAUGCCUACCGGACACUGGUUUUUGGAAGAAAUGUAGAAGGUGUCAGAGAAGACUUGCAACAGAAAUUACAUUUGAUGAACAUCUUGGAGAAAACAAACAGACUUAGACUGAUUUUUGUCUUCAGUGGAGUAGGGACAACAUGGACAGGUAUGUGUAAAGAAAUGAUGGAAACACAACCUGUAUUCAGAAGCACAGUAUCAAAGAUAGAUUAUGUGUUGAAACCUUUGACGGGCUGGACAAUUACAGAAAAGUUUGACAGAGUUACAGACUAUGAUGACCCCUUGCUGAACCAUAUUGCUCUUUUCUGCAUGCAAGUUGCUCUAUUUAAACAAUGGCAGUGUUGGGGUAUUGAACCUGAUGCAAUUAUCGGCCAAUCUGUCGGAGAAGUUGCCGCUGCCUACGCAUCUGGAGCACUUACGUUAGAUGGUGCCGUUUCUGUAAUUUAUGCUAGAUCAAAAGCCCUGUCUAGUCUUAAGAGUGGCAAAAUGAUGGUGGUAAGUAAUUACGACUGCCACAAACUCGAGGAGCUCUGUCUAAAUUACAAAGAACGAGUCGAAAUUGCUGUGUAUAACAGCUCCAUUUCAUGCACUCUAUCAGGUGAUAGUGAUGUCAUCGAAUGUAUCAAGAGGAAUAUUGAAAAUAUCAACGAAAAGGAAAAUACCGGUAUAUUGUUGAAAAUACUACCUACUCAAUGUGCGUACCAUAGCCAUCACGUGGAAUCUUGCCUAGAUAAUGUUGAAAGACAGCUAAGGCAUAUUGACACAGGACAAAGCAGAAUAGAACACUACUCUACUGUGACUGGACAACUUGCUGUUUCUAGAGAAUUCAAAACCGGUCGAUACUGGGCUGAAAAUAUUCGAAAACCUGUACAAUUUAUGCAGUCAGUUAUAAACGCUGUUCAUGACGACGCCAUGAAUGUUUUUGUUGAAAUUGGACCUAAACCGGUUCUCAAGGCUCAUUUGAACAAUGUCAUUACAGAUAAACGAAACGGAAUAUGUAUCCCGUCUAUGAGAGAGAACAGCGAAUGUGCAAGUUUUUUCUCAUCACUCAGUUCUCUUUAUGAGCUAGGAGCAAACGUUCAGUGGGAAAAUGUUUCCAUAUCUGGAAAUCUCGUCCCUGUGGCGCGAUAUAUACAAACCAAAGAAAGACGACUGGAUGUUCCAGUAAAGCACCAAGCAAUGUUAAAGGGUUACUUCGAUUUCUCUGACUCUCACAUGUUUGUUAGACGAAAUGGAGGCAACGAAACAAAGUUUCAGAUGACCUUGGACCAAAGGACAACACCGUUUAUCUUCGAACAUUUUUUCUCUGACACAUGUAUAGUUCCUGGUGCAGUAUAUGUAGAAGCAGCCAUCGAGGUAGGACAAAGAACGUUGAAAAAUCAUAAUGCAUAUGAGCUUAGUAUUUCAGCAGAAUUCGUAAGCAUUCUGUCCGCUGAAAAAGGAAGGACUCAAAAUGUAGACAUAAUCGUUACAGGUGGACUUCAAAAAAGAGCUUGUUAUUACGAAGUAAUGCAUGGACGACAAAUCCUUUGUCGUGGCACUAUCAACGACAGAGUACAACAAGAAAGGGAAAAGUUAGACUUGGGUCUUGUCAAAAGUAGAUGUUAUUCAUAUAAGAACAAAGUUGAUUGUUAUGAAUACCUGGAAAGAAUGUUUUUUUCUUACGGUGCCUCUUUAAGAAUCAUAGAACAAACAUGGUCGUCACCACUGGAAUGCCUCGCGGAAAUCGAAUUGCCGGAACUAGUGAAAUUACAAAGUAAGCAGUUAAAUAUUCAUCCGAAUGUUAUUGACGGAUUAUUUCAGAUGGUUGUAGUCCUACACCAUGAAGCAUUAGAUAAUUACAAAGGAGACCCAGACCCAUUCUUUCCAAAGGAAAUUGGAUCAAUUGUGUUAUACAGACCGUGCAAAAGCAGAAUGUUUGCAUACGCCCGUUUAAUGGAGAAAUUUCCGACAGGACAUCUUUAUAACUUUCUCUUAGUUUGUCCAGAUGGUCAUGUAAUUGCCGAAGUUCAAGACUUCUUUUGUAGAAAGAUGCAUGAUUCUGUUACACUGACGCAAAGCAAAUACUGUGAUAUAUUGUGGCAAGAAACAACACCACCUUACAAUACUUAUCACAAAACAUCACCGGUGGAUGACGGAACACUUUGUGUAAUCGGUUCUGAUCGUUUCUUAGAAAACAUCAAACAGACAAAUGUCUCGGAUAUAACUUACAUAUCUCUGAAACAAGACGAAGAGUUUUGUAUAGAGUUUGCUUCUUCUAAAACAAAGGCAUUUCUAUUUGCACCGUUUUUCCACGUCAACGAGCUUGUAUCGGACAGUAUUGCUCUUUAUCAGACAUCAAAACAAAUGAUGAUGUAUCUACUUCAUAUCAUAAGAAUAUUACAAAGAAACAAAUAUGAAAGCCCACUUUACGUCAUAACAGAAAACGUCGUGUCGGCUCCAGUACUACAAAUUUCGGCAGGUAAUGUCUGUGGAGCCGAGCUAUGGGGUAUGGUCAGAUCAGCUGUAAGUGAAAAUGCAUACAGAGAUAUACGACUAGUGGACAUGACCCUUACAGCCGAAAAUAUCACGGCAUUGACAGAAGUUUUAGAUAACAGUUCAGCUGGUUACAAUGAGUACCUGAUUAACAGAGGUAAGGUAUACUAUUGCGAGGUUGUCGAAGUGCCGGUUGAUACCAAAAUGUGUCGUCAGAGAAACAUUUCACACCACUGCAACUAUAACUUGUCACUUAAGUCAGCAAGACAAGAUUGUCUAUAUGAUCCUUGGUAUAGAUUCACUUCGAUGGAGGUCAUGUACACAAAGCCAGAUGAUUAUCUCAAAAUUCGACUAAACAAGAUGUGUCUACAUGAUUCCGACCUGUAUCCAGUAUCGUCGUAUAACAAUGACGACGAUUAUAGUGUCUGGUUACCAGAAGGAAGUGGCUUUCAGGCUAUAUGUCUCGAAGGCGUUGGUGUGAUAAGUGACGAAACGGAUAAGGAUAACUUCUUUAAGAAAGAGGUCGUGUUUUGCAGUCCGGUAGAUGUCACGUCAUAUGUAUAUGUACCGAAAGAGUGCGUACAUGACAUUGAAGGGCUGAAUGGGUAUGUUCCAGGAAUGUUAACAGAGGCAGUUAUCUUAUGGAAUAUGUUUUCAACCUGCAGAAAAUUAGACUGUGUAGCUGUAAUAGUUGAUGGUGAAAAACGUAUCUGGAUAUCACUUAUUAGGCACAUGCUUUCAAACCUAGGAGCGACAAAAGUUACCAUAAAACCAAAGGAUUAUUUGACUACGUCUGUACGAAAUGGUACUUCCGAUACACAAGUCGUCGUAGUUCUUACAGACAUUACUCGCAAGCAUUUUGAAAAGGUGCCUUUUCAUUUUCCUGUGGCGAAACAAAUCAUCAGCACAGACAGCUGCAUACCUAGGCUUCUUAAGCUCUGGAUAGAAAGGCAUGUUACUGACCAUCCUGUUGAUAUUCUAAGGACGGAGAGUAUGUUUCAUGCAUCAACUCUAAAGGAAUCGUUGCCGCAGAUAUUUGGCAUUUUGGAGUCGCAUGAAAUAAAUGAAAGCGGCAUACAAAAGAAUCUAAAUCAUUAUGAGGACAAUAGAGAGAACAGAAAUGUAUUUAAUCUGCCUCACCUUUCCUUACAACUCCAAGAAUAUAAUGGUGGAACCAAACAAAUACCACUGAAAGUAUGUCAGUCAGAAGUAUUUAGACCAAACGCUUGCUAUAUUGUUGUCGGAGGAUUAACUGGAUUGGGUUGGGAACUAACACAGUAUAUGGCGGAACUUGGCGCCGGAUAUAUUGCAACUAUUUCACGACAUUUGCCAUCACAGGAGAAAAGACUGCAGAUUGAAAAACUUAAAAUGUGUAAAAUUAUUCCUCUACAAGGUGAUGUUACUGAUAUCCGGUCGCUGCAAAAAGCCUUUGAAUUCCUUCAAACACAAAUUUUUGAUGUUCCUAUAAAAGGUGUAUUUCACGGAGCAGGUGUAAUAUGUGAUCAAUUACUGGAAAAUAUGUCCAUAGAGGACCUAGAAAUAGCCCUCCUGCCAAAAGUUCUUGGGACGUGGAACUUACAUUUUCUCACAUUAGAGAUGUCACUUGAUUUCUUUGUUAUGCAAUCCUCUAUCGUAUCAGUCAUCGGGAAUCAAGGCCAAUGUAACUAUGCUGCAGGAAAUUCGUUUCAGGAUUCAUUUGCGCACUAUAGACAAAGUCUUGGUUUGUGUGGGACGAGUAUAAACUGGAGUGCAUUAUCAGUCGGAAUGGCAACAUACGAUAAAAAGCUAGAGGUGUAUUUAAAGAACAAAGGAGUUCAUUUGUUAAGUACGAAUGAAAUAAGGUCUUGUUUUAUUAGGUCUAUUAUGGAAAAUUCGGUACAAGUCAUAUUUGGACAGAUUGACUGGGAAAGACUUCUAAGUGACACUAGUACAAAUAUUAAUGCAAACAAGUUUGCCAGAAUCAUCAAACACAAUAAACAACAAGCAUCAAAUAGCUGUGGAGGGAAAAGAAAUAUUGUUGACGUGUGUUCCGAUUUAAACCCACAAGAUAAAAGGAAUGUGGUUAUGGAACUCAUAAAAUCAGAGGUAGCUAAAACGUUUGUUUUAGACGGUAGCAUACUUAUAGCUGACAGCCGCUUCGCUUCACUUGGAAUCGAUUCUAUGGCUGCUAUGAGCUUCACAAAUUCGAUGUAUGAAGCCACAGGAGUAAGGAUUCCUACUGGAAAUAUGUUUUCAAACUCCGCUUCGAUUGGAACUGUAACAGACUAUGUGUUACAGUUUAUCAGCAAAGGAUCCAGCACUUCUUACAAUAAAACGGACAAAAAGGCUACUGAAGGUGAAAUAAAGUUUUUGGAGGGAAGCAUAACCUUCAUGCAGAAAAGCGUAUUGUUGGAUUAUGAGGAAGAUCCGCAUAGCCCAGAUUUGAUACGACAAGCUGCUUGGGAAUUUGCCGGAAUGCAAUUUUCAGCAACGCAGUGGAAAGUAGUAUUGAAAUACUUGUUAAAGAUGAAUCCAGAUAUGCGUCGAAUUUACAAAAAGCAAGCAGAUGGCAAAUAUGAAAGUUUCGUUUUGAAACUAAAUGAUGUAAACGACAACGUAGAGGAAAUAGAUUAUGAGAGUCGGGAAUUUUCAGAAGAUUGCAGAGGAAAUGUGUCUAUAGAUCUAUCGAAAGAAAUACCCAUUAGGCUCAAAAUUGGACGAAAGAAUGGCAGGACUCGUUUAGUCAUGUUCAUGCAUGCUAUUGUCACAGACCUCUUUGGAAUAGGGACACUUAUCCAAGAAAUCAGACAGUGCGUAGAUAACAACUUCCAAGAACCCCGUAUGUCAGAUAAGGACAACAGCAUUGAACCAGCUGAAGUAGUACGCUCUGCUUUGAUUCCAAAAAUGAAUGUCUUGAAAAAGUACUGGAAAGAUCUGAUGUCACACAGCAUUCGACCAUUUACAUUAGGCAAAGCGAUAAAACCUGUUUUAGAUCGAAAUUCCUGGAGAGAAAUAUCAAAGGAUAUAUCAGUAGAAUUGAUUGACAUGAUGACAACCUUCAUUCACAAAGAAGAGAUUACGUUGUACAAUUUCUUAACGUCCGUCUAUAUGUUUUUGUUGUAUGAGCGAACGGGAUGUAAACUUAUACCCCUCAUAACAAAUGCUGAUAUGAGAAGUCACUUGCCACGAUUACACUCCGUUGUAACCAGAUGUGCAAACGAAAUACCUAUACUUGGAGAUCUAAGAAACGUGACUACAAUAAAAGAAUACAUUAAAGCAAGUUCCAAGAACCUCCAUGAAACGACAACGCACAGUAUAUAUCCAUACCAACUAAUAGAAAGGGAAUUCAAAACAGCAGAAUUAAAGAAAUAUAUCGGCCGUCAUAGGCUUAUCAUGAACAACAUGACCAAUUUGACCAAAUCAAUGAGAAACACAGGACUGAGAGUUGAAGAUAUCAAUAUGUUUUACAAACGACAUAUAUACGAAACUGCAUUGUCCGUAGUCUAUGAUACAGAUGCGAAAAGCAUAUCCUUACAGUUUGGAUAUAAUUCAGAUGUUCUUCGUCCCGAUUACGCAGCACAGUUACCAAGUCGUUUGAUAUCCUUGAUACAAAUAUUUAUAGAAAAUCCAGACAUAUCUUUAAAAGAUGUUAAGCACCGUAGUCAUCCAAGGCCUGAUUGUUCCUUCAAUGCCGUUAGGACUGAAGAUACAGAAGAUAGCAAUACAGCUGAUCAUGCCAUGAUGCAGACAACUGAUGAUAUAGCAGUUGAGAAAUCUAUCACCAGCAAAGCACCUGUCUUCAAAGAUUGUUUUCGGAAGCUUUCUAGUACAGGCAAGGAACAUACUGUUCAACUUCAGCUGUUCCAAAAUGGAAGUAACAUUCUACUAAGUUGGCGUGGGAAAGAUGAUGUACAGGAUUACGGACUACCAGUCCAAGCAGAGGAUGCAACUUUAACGAAUUUAAAUGGUGAGUUCAACAUUCGGUUUAGUGUUCCUGAUGGGUUGGUCCAAUUCAAGACUUCGUCGUCGGACAAAGCCACUGCACUGAUGGCUACUUUAAAGAGGGAACAUUAGCGAGCGUUUUGUCAAGAGUGAGAUUUGAUUGGAGUACACCAUAUGCUAGUAAUAUCUCUUCAUUGGUGUUUUGACAAUAAUCGUUCGGAGGCGGUGCACCAAUGGGCGUUUUAUUUUGCUGUUUGUUAUCCUUUUUCUAUGUAUGUUUUGUGUAUAUUCUAAAAAUAUAAACAUCCAUAUAUCCACAGAAUUUAAAAAAAUGAAACCACUCCUAUAUGUUUACAGUUGUAAAUAUUUCUUUCUUUUAAAUUUGUAUAUGUUGGAAAAGUAUUUGAAAGUAUAUUUCUGCUCCUUCUAUAAUGCUACUUGCAAUUUUACUUGUAAAUAAUGUACACGUUUUUAAAGUCGCAAAAAGUAGCUUUUUUGAUAAAUACAUGGUACAUACGGAGGAAAUGGCCAUUCUUUUUGCGAAUAUUUCAAUAUGUCAAUAUUUUUGUAUAAAAUAUUAAAUUUAUUGUGAAUCUAAGUUUAUUGUGAGUGACUUCUAAUUGUCUACAGAUUUCAGUUGGUUGCAGGGUAAUUUUAGCUAAAUGUUAUUUGUUCAAAUCGGAAUGUUUCUGAUAUAUAUAAAAAGAUAUUAUAAAAGAUUAUACUAAGGAUUGUUUUUCAGCGUGAAAAAAUAUUCCCAAACUGUAUCUGAUGUCAUUAGUUUUAUCCCACAGGAAUGUGGUAAAAAUUAUUUUAGUACCCUCGCAUGCCGACUGUCAUAAAAAACCUCAGGCUUUCUCUCAAAUAUAUAUAACGAAAUUAUGUCGGUAUGACUAAAGCAAAACAUAAUACAAACAAGUGCCAUUUCUCAUAUUCUAUACCAUUUUCUGUUCGUAUUUUCAUACUUGUCUGUACGAAGGAGAUAUCAUUCCAGUGUCGUCUUCAUAAUGUUUACAAUCAUUAUCAUUAUAUAUAUCUUUAUUACAUUGUACGAGUACAACUGAUAUAUUUAUACAAAAAUGUUAUUUAUAAUUCUUUAUUUCAUUUCAUGAAAAGUGAACAUAAAUGUUUGCAAGUAGUACAAAUUUUCUUCUGUCGAUGAAUGAUUUUAAAUCAAAUAGAAUUAACGCAAUGUGCUGUUUUGCAAGGUUGUUAAUACAAAAACUAAAACAUUGAUGUGAACAUUGAGACUAGAUAAAUUCUUUCUAUAUCCAUUGCCUAAAAGACUGCUAUAAAUGACAAUAACUUUUAUGCAAAUUGUGAUAUCAAAGUUCAAUGACUAUGUCGUCUAACUGUGUUUAAAUAAUUUACAAAUGACUAGUUAUAAAGACGAAGGAAAUCGGAAAAUAAAAUGUGAUUAUUGCAUUUUUGUUUCGAUGAAUCUUUUUGUCCAUUUACUGACUUGUAAUAAAUAAACCUUUGUUUAAUUUA